CGAUUUUCCUCUGGCCUUCCGGUUUUCCACCGACCGGUUUCCGGCCGCGUGCGUUCAAUCGCGUCGCUUCCGGUUGCUGCGAAACAUUUUCACCAGGCAAAUUCACCGUCUCGUCGAUCUCUCGUUGCAAGAAACUACGAAGGAAGAGUAUUUUCGCGGAAUAUCGCACCGAGGGCGAGAGAGGCCGUGUUGUGUGGAUCUUGAACGGCCGGAAACGAGACGCCGCGGAGACUUCGAUGCUGCCGCAGCAACGUUCGCGGAGAAACGCAGACGUUCUCAAGCUUCGCCGAGGAUAUUUUCCCUGCAUUUUGAAUAUGCAGGUCUUUGUAGAGUUUUGGAGAACGGCGUGAUCCUUGUGCAACAUUGUUGCGUUCUUUCUCAGAUGCGGAAAAAUGGUAGAAUCGAGGCUUUCGAGAGAAUCAGCCGAGUUUGAGUCGGUUGCAGCUGUUGGGAUCGUUUGAGGAACUAUUGGUGCUGUUUUUAUUGGUGAAAGGCAGUGAUUUCGAGGGGAAUUUGUAUUUUGUGUGGCAAGGAACGUCGAUGUUUGUCGGACAUUGGUAAACUUCGAACUUUCUUCGAACAUUGAAAUUUGUGUGAAAGUGGAUCGUUAUAUUUGGAAGAUUAUCUUCUGGAUUUAAGGAUUUUUCCAUGGACUGUAGAUUCUUGGACAAUUGGAAGGGAGAAGAGUUCCGGAAGAUUUCAGUGACUCGCAGCGAUAUUGCUGUGUGCAAUUGAAAUUGGGACUCUGAUCGAGACACAGCAUGGCGAAAGGACGCCUGUGAGCCUCGUCAUCGAUCGUCGCCAGCACCAGCCAGUGUCUAAAAUGACUGCCAUCGAGCCGAGGUAAUAACCAUCGAAAACGCCAUUGAAAUAAUACACGACACUCUGAAGACGCAGCAGUGUGUCCGCGCGCGAAGAGUGUCAAGGGAGGAAAAGAUGAGAAGUGAGAGAAAAAUGUGACAGGAGGAAGAAAGAAGAGAUUAAGAAAAAAAAAAAAAAAAAAGCUCGUUCGAUGAGAAAAGUAGGCGAAACUCGCGGUGUGUAAGUGUUCUGAAGAGAUCGAGGCGAGGAACUGUUGGCUGGAAGAUGCCUCGACCAUCGAGGGAUACUUACGGCGACCAGAAGCCGCCAUAUUCGUAUAUUUCGUUGACAGCGAUGGCGAUCUGGUCGUCGAGGGAUAAGAUGUUGCCUCUGGCUGAGAUCUACAAGUUUAUCGCCGAUCGGUUCCCCUAUUAUCGCAAGGAUACUCGCAGAUGGCAGAACUCUCUCAGGCACAAUUUGUCCUUCAACGACUGUUUCAUCAAGGUGCCACGGGGACCCCAUCGACCUGGCAAGGGCGCGUACUGGGCUCUGCACCCGGCAGCGCUGUCCAUGUUCGAGAACGGGUCCCUCCUUCGCCGUAGGAAGCGUUUCAAGCUGCACAAGCCCGACAAAGAGCUGCUAAAAUCCGAGCUCCAAGCCCUGGCGUCCGCCAUGCCACCUCCUCACUCCGAAUCCUCGCCUGUACUAUCGAUAAACCCGAACGCACAAACCAGCAGCUUGACCGUUGCCAAUCUGCAUCGUCUUCGUGACGAUUUGCUCCGCUGGGAGCUGCAAGAGCGUCGUCUAACGAUGGCAUCCGGUGGCAACAGUUCUCCAGGCUUUACGACACCGGAGACCAGCUCCAGCUAUUAUCUUCUGUCGCCAGAAGUUCGACAGAGACUCGCCGGGACCGACGAGAUCCUCCGUGGUUAUGAGAACAAUUUGUUGCAAACCGGAAGCUGGAGCUUCCCCGGGUUCCAGGUGUCUCCGUACGUCUCUCAGCUGUCCUACUUUCAGACAGACAUUCCAGAGAGCAGGCAGAUCUGCGCUGGAACUACGGAGACCAGUGUUCCCGAAAAGACUGACUCGAGGGUCUUCCUGGAGACCACGAGAGGCUCCACUGUCGAGUCCACCGACAGUAAAGUUCGUUGUCCCGUGUUAGAGGCUGGUAUCUCCAGUCAGACGAGCAUCCAGCCCGAACAGAAGAAGAAGAAGAAACCGUUCACCAUCGAAAAUAUCAUUGCGCCCGACGAUGAACAGAUUUCUAGUAAUUCGGAAGACGAGAAGAGGUCUUCCGGUCAUCUUCUGGUUCCCAGGCCGCUUUAUGCGGGUUUUUCGUUUGGUCUCACUGCUAACAAGGUUCCGUACGAGACGGCUACUUGAAUUUACUAGAUCAACGUGCAUCUAGUGGAUGAUUCGAACGGGGACCCUAAUAGCGUGACGAUCGCCGCUUGGCGACGCUAGUGGUCAUUCUGGUGACUAUGACUGGCGAAUCGUUCAUCCUGUUCCUGGGUUUUCCCGUGUUUUUGCGAGGAAGUUUUGGAAGAAAAGGCUUCUGGUGGUGUUAAGCUCGGAAAUUUCAUUAAAAAAUUGUAAUAUUACUUUGUGUUCUUUCCCCCCUGGUUUUUUU